AUGAUAUACGCAGAAGCGCCAAAAUCUGAUUCAGACAUCCAUUUGGGAGAAACUGUAGCAGUCAUUGGCGGUGGCGGUGCAAUAGGUUCUACUUACGUCGAGAUGCUAAGGAAAAUAACAGGUGUAACCAACGUUGUGAUACUCAGUCGGAAAUACGGUAACCUCAAUACUAUAAUCCACGCAGCUGGUGAGGCAACCACAAAAUCACUGGAGAAGACAGUCCCAGAUAUGCUCAAAGUGCUGCUUCCAAAAGUCGCUGGACUCACGAAUAUACUUGAUUAUCUCAAAAAUAAUAAAUUAAAACUUGAAAAUUUGAUCAUGGCAUCAUCGCUAAGCAGCAUAGUAGCUCUGCAAGGAACUGACGAUUAUGCUGCAGCUAAUAUUUUCAUGGAUGCGCUAGCACUAAACGGAGAUCCCCAUGUGAAUAGAAUUCUCUCAGUACAGUGGCCCGCAUGGAAGAGUGCAGGUAUGGCUGCAACAUUUGGGCACAACGAGCUGCAUUCUAUGCUGAUGAGAACUGCAAUUUCUCCACAAAUUGCGAGACAAGCAGUGAGAGAAACUCUAGGCUUUGCUGGCGUUGUGGCACAUUCCCUGAUAUCACCGCUAGAGAUGCGUGAGCUGAUCGAGAAGGCACAGCUCACUGGAGAACGAGUAAAGGUUUCAGAAAAUAGUUCUAAGAAAAAUGAGUCAUUGAAAGAAAAAGUCGCUUGCAUUUGGAGAGAAGUGCUAGGUGUUGAAGUUCAAAACGAUACGGACUUCUUUGACAACGGCGGAAAUUCAUUGAGUGCCCUAAGGGUAGUCUGGACUCUCAACACAAUGUUGAAGAUAGACAUAACAGUGGCUACGCUCUUCAAAUAUCCUCUAUUCCAAGAUUUUGUUAGCAUAUUACCCUGCCAAACCUCACCAGUCAAAGUAGACCCUUUUGAUAGGACCUUACCAGCAGAAUUAACAUACUCGCAAGAGAACAUGUUCCUAUUGAGACAUCUAGAAAAAGGCCCACAAUAUAAUAUUCUAUUCGCUAUUUAUUUUCGUAAAACAACUAAGAAAUUCUCAAAGGAAACGCUGACUCACUCAAUCCAUUCCCUCAUAGCUCGACAACACUCUCUUCGUACGUGUUUCUGCCAGAAGACGGAAACGUCCACCAGUUAUCAGACUGUACUGUCCCUCACUGAAAGCUAUCAGAACUUAUCCUGCAUAGACGUCAAACCGUUAGAUCACGAACAAAUCAUUGAAGAAGAACGAAACUACGAAUUCAAUCUGGAAAAGGUGCCACUAAGAGUGCGAUUGAAUCAGAUUAACAACGACUACGUGGUUCUAUUCAAUCAGCAUCACAUUUUGACGGACGGAUGGUCGAUAACAGUGCUGGCACAAGAGCUGAACAGUAUCUACACCAUGUAUUGGAGGUCAAAAAAGGAAAGAGUACAGCCGAUUCCCUACUCCGUUUGUGAAUAUGCACAGUGGCAGCGAAAGAAUUUGGACUUCUCGAAAGAACUUGAGGAGCUGAAGUCUCAGUUAUUAGGAAGAGAGGCGACAGCACUCCCUCAGAAAUCAGUAGGUGAAAAAUCGCGCGACUUUAAGAAACUAGUCCAAAUCCUUCCUGAUCCAUUGGCUCAUUGCCUGUCGAAAAUGGCCAAGACCUACCACACUACGGAAUUCGUGAUAGCUCUUUCAGCUUUUGUUUUCACACUGCGAAAAUUGAAAGCGAACAGCCAAGAUGACUCAAUUGUUUUGAAAGCAAAUAGCCAAGAUGACUCAAUUGUUGUGGGUUGCCCGGUCCUAGGUCGAAGCGAAAAGGUAAAAGAUCUUAUAGGCUAUUUUCUCAACAACAUUGUCGUUUCCCUAGAUGUGCGGCUUGACGAUAGCCUAGAAAAUGUCAUUUUGUCAGUGAAAAAGGCAACAGCAGACACGCGAAGAUUUGAACAUGUUCCCUUCCACAAGCUUGUCGCAAAAUUGAAUCCUAAACGUCAGUUGAAUGAGCAUCCUGUAUUCCAGAUCUUCUUCAACUAUCGCCAUGAACUUGACUUCCCUAGAGUCGAGAUUCCAAACGCAAAGGUGAAAAUCAAUCAACUUUCCAUGAAUAAAAUUUUCAACCUUUCAAUCUCAUUUGAUGAGACUUCCAAUGGAACAAGAAUAAUGAUGGAGUACAACUCUUCAAAAUACUAUGUUGAAACUAUCCGAUUACUUAUGAAGAAUAUGCUAAGAAACUUCAUAAUGAGGGACAAUCUUCAAGACAUCCAGACACAGAAUCGCGUUGACUACCCAAUUUGCGUAUCAUCAGGUGACGACGUUGUCGCAUUGGAAAUGGAUACUGGAGAUGCUCCGGAGGUGAUCCUAGCAAUGCAUCAAAUUGGAGUUGGAUAUGCGCCUAUAGAUCCUACUUGGCCUAAAUUGAGGAAAGCACAGAUUUUAGAAAGAACUCCAGUUAUUCUUAAUGUUUCGAAGGACACUUUAACUCAUAUCUCGCAAAAAUCUUCAAAGAGAAAAAGAUUCAAGUUCAAUAGGAUUUCAGCUGAUGAUAUUGCUUACAUAAUCCAUACAAGUGGCUCUACAGGUCCGCCUAAGGGAGUUGUAUUGAGUCAUAAGAACCUAAGUUCAUUCCUACGCGGAGCUACGAGACAAACUUUGAUGAGACCAGGUUACCGCAUCUCUAAUUCGGUGAAUAUAGUCUUCGAUGUGAGUGUUAUGAACAUUUUCGCAUCUUGUGUAAAUGCUUGUGAACUCUGCAUCCACGACAAUGUGCGAUAUGCACCUUUUGAAGUGAAGGAACUGCAAUGCGAUUUUGCCUUCUUUACUUCUGCCACAUUCAACGCACUGACCAUCGAGGACCUACAAAGAAUGACCUCAUUAGAAAAGCUUUUUGUUGGAGGCGAGUCGGUAAAUGACAGAAUUUUAAGCAAGGCCCUCGAAUUAGGCAUUGACGUUACGCAAAUCUAUGGACCUACAGAAGAUACUGUAUGGUCUCUCACGAACAGAUGCAAGCUUCUUAAAAAUGAAGGUUCUUUGAUUGGAACGCCGAUGUUAAACGAGACCUGUUCAACAAAAGCAAACGUGUAUGAGGGAGAACUGGUUCUAGAAGGUUCGAAAAUAGCUCGUGGGUACAUCAACGACCCUGAGAAUAAGCAGUUCUAUAUUGAAAACGGGAAGAGAUGCUACUCUACUGGGGAUAUAGUAAAAUAUGAACGCUACGGUUUUACGUUUAAAGGUCGCAUUGAUGAUCAAAUCAAAAUUCGAGGACAUAGAAUCGAAGCAAAGGAGGUAGAACGUGCUAUUCUCGUCUCAUCUCCUGAAGUUUCCGAAGCAUACAAAUUGAUAGACGUGAAAGAAGUGAACGAAAAUGACAGCUUCUUCUCGCUAGGAGGACAUUCGUUACUGCUAUUUGAUUUGAAGAAGCGGAUUUUCGACAAAUUCAAAGUAACCAUUGACGUACACGAGCUAUUCGCUAACGUAACCAUUGCUGAUUUGGCCAAGCUCAUUACAACUAAGAGGCAGAUGAGAAACUUUGAUGUUGAUACCUCAAUCAUAAUCAAGCUUCGCGAAACUUCUCAGGGUAAACUCAAUGCUUACUUUAUUCAUGCAAUUGGAGGAUCUAUAUUUCCUUAUCAUGCUUUCCUCCACUUAUUGCCGAAGGAGAUAAAUAUCUAUGCCAUAGAGUAUAAACUGCAUUUCACUGCAACUUCCUUGAAAGAACUCGCAGCAUUUUAUGCCAAAGCGGUAUCUGCACACACUAAGAAUAUUCCUGCAUUCUUAAUGGGCCACUCAUUGGGAGGACUUCUUAGCCGUGAAAUGGUUGAAGAGAUGAAACUGUGGGGCAAGGAGGUUCCAUUUGUGGUCAUGUUCGAUACAUGGUAUAUACAGCCUGAAACCCUAAACAUUGAAAAAGUAAUGGCUUUCGCAGAGUUACGACCUGACUCCGUCAAUGUCUCGGUCGAUUACAGGAAAUGGUAUGGAUCGUUACUCUGA